AUGCCUGCUCCGCCGCCUCCCCCUCCGCCUCCGCCGCCCAUGCCUGGAGCAGCAGGAGGUCCUCCGCCCCCACCACCUCCCCCGCCCGGAGGACUACCCUCGAGACCCGAUGCGAAGGCAGCAAAAGGAAGAGGCGCGCUUCUGGGAGACAUCGAGAAAGGCGCGAGGCUGAAGAAGGUCACACAAGUCAAUGAUCGUUCAGCACCGAUAAUCGACAAGCCUAAGGAUUCAGGCGGGCCCCCAGUUGGAGGAGCACCGCCGAUACCAAUCCCCGGAGGACUGCGACCUGCGGCAGCCGGCCAAAACAGGGCAAGGAGUAACAGCGACCAACCGAGCAACACCGCGGGAUCUGGAGCCGGGAUGGAGAGUGCGCCGCAAUUGGGAGGUCUAUUCGCGCAGGGCAUGCCAAAGUUGCGGAAAAGUGCAGGAGGUGUGAACUUGUACGAUUCAGAUCCCGAGACGAAUUCGAAACCUCCUUCAGCGCCAGCCCCAGCUGCACCGGCCAGACCGAACGGCGCACCUCCCCCCAGACCUGGAGGUGUUCCGCCUGCACCGCCGGGAGCAGCACCUCAGAUACCGUCAGUUGCAGCCUUAAAGAACAACCUACGACCGACGAGUUCGCAGUCACUUCCCGACAUUGCACAUUCGAAACCGAAACCGCCUCCUCCGAUUGGCAAGAAACCACCAAUUCCACCGCCUACCUCUCGAAAGCCCUCGGGCUUAAGUGCCGCGUCGACGACAAACCUACCUCUUCCUUCGUCCACCCCGCCGCGACCUUCCUCGAGCCCUGCGCCACCAUCAGCGCCACCGCCGCCCCCUCUCCCACAAAGCGCGCCCAAACAACCCCCAGCUCCGAUUUCGCGGCCUGCUCCUUCCGCGCCUUCAAUACCUGCUCCGCCUCCGCCACCUACACAACGAAGAACCUCGAAUGCUCAAGACGAUGAUGAAUAUGAUCCUUAUCGAUAUGAUACGCCUGGGCGCGGGGUCCCUCCAGCUCCUCCACCGCCGCCUCCUCAAACAAACGGCCACCAGCAGACAUCACUCGCGGCACAAGCUGCGCGAAACGCAUUCCGCGCAGCAUCUCCCGCCGUUGCGCCUCCUCCACCACCACCGCCACCUCCCUCACAAAGCACGCCUGCUCUUGCUCCUCCCCCACCGCCACCGAGUGCACCGCCCAGCCGACCGAGCUCAAGUCCCACGAGUGGGCCGCCUGCGCCUCCACCGCCUCCACCAGCGAGUCGAAGCAACUCCAACCUACCUCCCCCACCACCAGCGCCUAAAGCGAGCACACCAGGGGGCAUACCAACUGCAGGAGGUGUGAGUUUGGGGACUGGACCAAUUCAGCCAAUGGACGCUUCAGCAUAUACAUUGACGAAUGGACGAUCGAGGGCUGAUUCGACGCCUCAAAGUAUUGGAGGUGGGUUUGGUGGACGACAUGUCGUGCAAGAUUCGAGGUGGAAGUUUCAAGGUGACGAUGCGCUUCCCAGGCCAAGAGACUUUUCAGGUGGUCCAAAGAGAUACCGGGCUGGAAGAGGGAGCAGUGUGCCUUUGGAUUUAAGGGCUCUCGAGUAA